AUGGAUUCACAAAGGUCGCCUCUAAGCACACCAAUCUCAAGUCCAGGUCUUUUCAGCCCCUCAAUCCACCCACACCACGUUCCUUCCGAUGGUACGCCACAUUCCAGCCCCUACCUACAUCCUCUACAGAUGCAUAAAGUUCGAGAAACCAAUAAGGCUCAAGUCGAGCAAGACUUUAUCACCGGACGAAAGCUGAUCAAUCAAUAUGAGAUUAUCAAUGAGAUAGGCAGAGGUGUGCAUGGAAAGGUCAAACUGGCUAGAAGUUUGGAGACGGGUGAAUUUGUUGCUAUCAAGAUCAUUCAACGCUUCUCCAAGAAACGGAAAUUAGGUCGAGUCACCUUCUCUCCAGAAGACAAGACAAAGCGAGAGAUUGCCAUCCUUAAAAAGGUUCGACACGCUAAUGUUGUUGGCCUCCUUGAGGUGAUUGACGACCCAGAACUAAUGAAGAUCUACAUGGUCCUCGAACACGUUGAAUUAGGUGAAAUUGUCUGGCGGCGCAAGGGAACCUUGCAGAUUUGCCGCUAUGAAAGACAUCGUAUCGAAAAGGAGCAGCUUGGAGAUACUGAUCAUUGCGAAGAUGAAAAAUAUUUCAAGAUGAUGGAACGAAGGCGCUUUCGAAAAUUGAUGCAGCGUGCCAAAAUUUCACAACUUCAACUCGUGGCAAAUCCAAACCAUUGGAGCUUAGAGCAUGGUGACGAAGAUGAAGAUAUGUCGAUAGGGUCUAGAGAUGAUCUCAAUACUUCGCAUGUCCUGCCUAUACGCCGCUUUGGUCUAGAUUCUAACCCAGGCUCCCGGAUUUCCUCUCGUCCUUCUUCAAGGGCCACCUCUAGAAGUUUUCAGUCUAAGACUCCCCUGCCAUCAGAAUUUGACUUACUGGCGACCGAUCCAAACAUCAGUAGCAAAGAAAACAUAUAUACACAGCCGAUUCCAUUCCCGUCCCCUCACUUUGACUCUUAUCUCGAUGCUCCUGUCAAAUAUGGGUCAUGUAAUGAAGGCGACGUCAAUGAUAGCUCGUACAGGGACGGAUCUCCCUGUACAACAGCUAGUAUUCUCUCUGACAGUAUCAUCUCUCACAUGUCUUCGAUAGAUAAUGUUUGCCAUGAUGCGUUCGAAGAAGACUACUCAUAUGUUCCCUGCUUCACCAUUGAUCAGGCCCGAUCAGCAUUUAGGGAUACUGUAUUGGGUCUAGAAUAUCUGCAUUAUGAAGGUAUCGUCCAUCGUGACAUCAAGCCUGCUAACCUCCUCUGGACUAAGGAUCAUAGAGUCAAGAUAUCAGAUUUUGGAGUUUCCUACUUCGGACGCCCUACUCGAGAUGGAGAGGCUGAAGAGAACAUUUCAGAGACAGACGCGACAGAUUUUGAUGAUGACUUGGAAUUGGCAAAGACCGUGGGGACCCCAGCAUUCUUUGCACCCGAGCUCUGCUGCACGGACAUCAAUGCUCAUCAGCCCAAGGUCACGGAGCAAAUUGACGUGUGGUCACUUGGAAUUACUCUAUAUUGCCUCAUUUUUGCACGAAUACCAUUUCUUGCCGAUGAUGAGUGGCAGUUAUUUCGAUGUAUUGCAAAAGAAGACGUCUAUAUUCCUCGACGAAGACUCAAAGCGGUCAAUCAGAAAGCAAAUACGCCUCCUGGAAAUAUCUUGAGUUGUUCAGCAUCGCCAAAUAGUCCUUACCGGGAGGAGAAUGAGUUGGCUUUUGAAAUAAUUGACGAUGAGCUUUUUGACCUUCUUCGACGGAUGUUGAUCAAAGACCCCGCGGAGCGUAUUAAGUUGAGAGAGGUUAAACGUCAUCCAUGGUUACUGAGGGGUCUCGAUGAUAUCAUUGGAUGGUUGGAUGAUACAGAUCCUUCAAGGGUAACUGCAGGGCGAAGAAUUGAAGUUGAUCGUCAUGAGCUAGAAAGGGCCGUCGUGCCAAUAACAUUUUUGGAAAGAGCUCGCACUGCGGUGAAGAAAGCAGUCGGAAAGGUGAUCGGAGUUACGAGAAGCGAUACAAAAAGUGAUGGCUCAAAAAGGUCACGGCGGUCCCGGAGACGGGCUGUCAGUAGUACCACUAGUUCUGGAACCGACACCCAUUCUCAUACACCCAUCACCCCAAUAUUGAAAGAUAGCCUUAGAGGCGAUGAAUCAUACGUUAGUCUUUACACUCACUCGCAAGAAGCAUAUAGACAGCCCAGCGAUUAUUUUUUUGAGCCAGCAUCAAAUGCUGUUCAUGAUAAAACCGUGCGCAGAGAAUUUUGUUGUGGAACACCACCAUCUACAUCAAUUGAAAAGACCACUCAAAGUAGACGCCUGUCCCUCGGACCUGCUGAUCGUGAUCUCAGACCAGGUGGGCCGGAAUGUAAAGCCUCAAAUGCUAACUCUACGCACAAACUAACACCACGAGGCCACUCCUACUCAAAAUCUGUUAAUACAACAAAUCUUCGUGCCUUUGGUGAUGAGUCGAAGCCCCCAGUCAUUAAAAGCAUGGCGACUGUGUUCGAUAUCUGGCAAAGCCCGAGAGAUCGAGAGGCCUUAUUUAGUCUGAGGGACAAUACCAUAUCUCGUGUACAUUCUGUAGAUCGUAAACUUUUCGAUGCCGAUAAUAAACAUGCUCAAGCUAGUGUUGCUGUCAGUAUAACAACGGCUCCAGGCCACUUCCAACAACCACCUCUAAGCUAUUCACGACGCAAGUCUCAAUCUGCAAAUACGAGCCCCACUGAUAAGGCUCCUGCUUCUCCCCUCUUCAUCUAUACUAACGUGCCGCGAUUACAUAAAUCGUCGGAAGCGAUGCCAAAUCAAAUUUCUCUGGCAGGAAAACCUAGUGAUGUAUCUGGGAAUGAUCUCAGGGAAAGUGACGCGAGCGACACCAAAAUAUAUCCGACAAGCCUCGAAAUGACGAGUUCUAGAAGAAAUCAUCAAGACGAUUUAGCGACGAGAUCUCUCGACUUAACACCUGACUCAGCAACAAGUCAGUUGUCAUCAUACAAUUCAAGGUCAUUUGAUAAAACAAAGUUGUCGGAAAUAAGUUUACAAACUUGUCGUGUGAAUACUACCAUGUCAGGAGGUCCUUUCACUAAGACGAAUAAAGAAUUUGGCUGUUCCCCACUCCGCAGUUCUAAAGGAUUUUGUUGUUUAGAAUCACCAAUUCCCUUACCAGAGCUGCUAGAUUCACAAGUACCUCCACUCGAACAGUGCUCUGGAGAACAAAUUUCCCCUUCCCCAACAGCACUUCCCGCCCUUAAAUCUAGUUAUCCAAUCUCUCCUGGUGAGGCAAAACAAGCCGAUACCAUCGAAAUUUCUGAUUUCCUCUCAUUUCACACCAUGGGUGAUUCCAACCCUGAAUCUUUCACCCGAUCAACUUUUCAUAAAAGAACUAUCACAGAGAUUGAUAAUUCUAUACUUCGCGAUGCAAAGUUACUCAGUUCUGGCGAAAAUGAUCGAUACAAAAGCGAUGGAAACAUAACUUUGGGCUAUUACAAUCAUAGUCCGACUAGUGAACAUGGAUUGAAUUUAAUAAGACGUCAGUCGAAGAUAAUAACAAGAACCCCUCAGCUGUGA